ACGUUUUCUAUCGAGCAGGCCAAAAGUGGGAAUGGCAUACGCAUGAACCUCGGUUUUCUUUUCAGUUUCCUAUGGAUGUACCCGUUGACAGUAUAGAGUUGGUCAACUAUGAUAGACAGCACUAUGACCUGGUUCACGUGAUUCAAUGAGUCCCUUAGAAGGUACCGUACACGUGUUACUCUAGAUAGUUUGCAGUCACUGCCUUUGCAAAGACAUACAAUUUGCCACUAAAGGCCAGUGAGGCCAACUGCCUCCCAGGUAAUUUCAUAGUUGAUGACUAGCUGCUCUGUCUGAGCAACAGGUUCAUUGUCAUGCACACGUGGGAGCAGAGACUUGAACUUGAGUGUGAUUGGUUGUGAGUCAAUUGACUUGGUGCACUAUGAUCGAUCACUGUUCUGCCCAGGAGUUUCGGAAUGGUGGUCGGGUAUCUGCUGCAUUAAGGGGCAUGAUUUAUUUCAGACGAGAAAGCACCAAACAAAAUGUAUUUCACUAUUGAUGGUCUAUAAUCUGAAAAAACAGACUAAGAAAAGGGCAACUUCUGUCAACAGUCUGCCCAGUCUCACGUUUAUACUAUGGCAAGGAUAGAUGUCUGUCAUCCAUUGCAGCAAGUAAACCACUAGCAUGGUCGGAACAUGUGGAGUGAUGGUCGGUGUUUGCUGAGUGAUGGUCGGGCCUGACCACCUCCGACCACCGCGGGCAGAACCCUGAUCGAUCCAUGCUAGCCAGAGGUCUCACAACACUUGCCGAAUGUAAUCAGCAAGUAUUUACACACACAAAUUCAUAAACUUUUUAUUAUGAAUCCGAUCAACUUUUCUUAUGGAAUUUUUAUCUUCUCAAUUCUUUCCUCUUUCAUACUGUUACUGCUGGCUUAUCAAAUACUGGUGAGAUGUAUGCUACAUGUAAUUGAGUAUUAUUGAUAUGCAACUGUCUCUGUGUUGUAGAGUUGUCUUUGAAAUAUUGGAGAGAAGCUAAUUUGACUGGGUCUAUUCGGCAACAUUUUGGCAUACACAAUGGAAUCUGAUCAACUUUUCUUAUGGACUUUGUCGGCUCAAGCUCUUUCCUCUUUGAUAUUGUUACAAUGCUGGCUUAUCAAAUAUUGGUGUUUGAAGUAUUGGAAGAAAGAUACAAUUUUGACCCACUUUUAUGUGACUUACAACACCCCUCAACCUCAACAUUCUGUACUGGGAUGACCCACGUGACCUCUCACCUGACACGACCCUCCUAUUCUACAAGAUCUGUUCAACUUUUCUUAUGGAACUUUUUAUCAGCUCAAGUUCUUUCUUCUUUCAUAUUGUCGCAUUAUUGGCUUAUCAAGUACUGGUGAGAUGUAUGCCGAGAUGAGAAAAUGAUCAACAAUCGAGCUUAACCGGUCACGUGAGCGACAGUUCAAUAAUAAUAUGUUUUUCUUUAUAACGUUUUGGACACUGCCAUAGUCAAUAGCAUCCUUCUAUUUGAACAGCUGAAUCCCGAUACGAAGAUGUCUCAUCUCGACUUUCACACUGCUAUCACACGUCAACUGGUACUGUUGUUUAGUGAAUGUCGUUUUGCACCACAGCCGAUCCGCUACUGCACCUACUCCUACUGCUACUACUGCUGCUGAACUGUUGCCUGUGACUGCACCUGUUCCUGUUCCUGUUGUGACAACUGCUGCUCGUUCAACAUGCUACUGAGAAGCCAUUUAAGAUGCAUCAACGGUCUGUGGCCCUCUGUGGGUGUCUGUCAAAAUCCAGUCACACCUCCUUGAUAGUACUGUACACGUGUAACAGCAUCUUGUGCUGGCUAACUUGACUGGUGCAGUUACUGUACUUUCCACACUACAUUGUUGAUGUCACAGACUAUGAUGAUACAGUACCGAGUAGUACAAUAAUUGUUAAAAUUGUUUCUAUAGCAAUUGUGUGGAACUACAGCCUCCUUUUGUUGCAUGAAUUGUGAAAGCUAAUGGUUGCGUUCUUAGCAAGAUAAGUUCAACGCGAUGUUUUCAUUCGAUGCAUUUUGUAUAUAUUAUAAUGAGUGAAUGUGUCAGCUGAUUUUUGAAUGAAUUCAAAAGUGCGGGAAAUGAUGCUUAUAUAACUACGGUGCAUCAGACGGUUGAAUCCUUCUUCAUCGAGAGACACAUGGAUGCCGUGGAUGUGGAUCAAGACAAACAAAGGGGUAGAAAGAAAGGGAAGGACAGCAAGAAACAGACGGUGAAAGAGACGGCUAAUUCUAAGGAGAAAGAUGUAGAGACGGCUAGGGAGGAAGAGACGAUUAAGGAGAAUGAGACAGGUAUGCAAGAGACGGAUAGGGAGAAUGAGGCGGGUUUAGUGAAAGAGACGGCUAGAGAGGCUAAGGAGACUGAGACGGCUAGUGCAGAUGCACAGCCAGCAAAACGGCGUCGGCAACAGAGAGGUAGAGGAAGAAGAGAAGAAAGAGGUAGAGGAGGAGGAAGAGGAGGAGGAAGAGGAGGAGGAAGAGGAAGAGGAAGAGGAGGAGGAAACAAGGACGGCGUUUGUUACUAUUUCUAUGCCAAAAAAUAUCACUUUACAUUUUUAAUUAUCAAUUCAAAACUAUGUCGACAAAAUUGCGAAAAUGUUUUAGCAAGUCGUCGCUCUGCUAAUUCUAAAACUAAGAUCACGUGCAAUCGCUUGGCUCCCACGUGGAUUUAG